UGACUAUCACAAGAAACAGAAUGCCCUCAGAGCACUGCAAAAGAAAGCUCUGGACAAGAAUCCUGAUGAGUUCUACUUCAAGAUGAUACGUGCAGGGCUCAAGGAUGGAGUUCAUACAGUAAAGCAGCCGAAGGAUGAAGUGACCCCUGAGCAGGUGAAGUUGAUGAGGACACAGGAUAUUAAAUAUGUGGAAAUUAAAAGAGUGGCAGAAGCCAAGAAAAUCGAGCGGCUGAAGUCUGAGCUCCAUCUGCUGGAUGCGGAGGGGAAGAAGCCCAACCAGCACCUGUUCUUCUGCGAUACCAAAAAAGAAGUUCAGGAGUUUGAUAUUGCAACUCAUCUGGAUACUGUUCCAGAGCUCGUAGACAGAGUGUACAACCGACCAACCAUUGCAACACUGCAGAAGGAGACUCUGAAAGGAGCCACUGAUCCUGCCCACUUAAAGAAAUUAGCCCAGCAAAGGAAGAAUCAGUAUGACCUCCUGAAGCAGCGCAUUGAGAGAGAAAAGGCCAUGUUUGUUAUUACACAGAAAAUCCAGACACGUAAAGAUCUUUUGGACAAAACUCAUAAAGUAAGGGUGAAGAAAGAGACAACAAAUGGGCCAGCUAUUUACAAAUUCAAAUUUCAGCGGAAACGUUAGCCAUUCCAUUAAAUAACUGUUACCAUCUUUGCCUAGAAGGAAAAAGGAUGCUCAUUAUAACACCGUAUGGGUUUGUUUUUCACUGCAGCCUAGCACUUUGUUAAAACAAAUUACUGUGGGCCUGUGGUAGUCAUAAAUAAUAUUGUAUCUAAUUAAUUGAUUAAUAAAUCAGAGUUUGUUCUGUUGUUGUUUAGAG